ACCUGAUGUACAGCGCGAUGAGUCCAGACAAGAGAUCGAUAUGUUUGAACAUCCAGCUGUACUCAGCGUCAUGGAACUGGGCUUCAGUAAAGACAUUCUGACAAAGGUCAUUACAGUGUACAGGAAACGUCACGGCACGGAUUUAUGUGCUGAGAAGCUUUUGCAUAUCGUCUGGGAAAUAGAAGAAAAUUAUGACAUGGAUGUCAUCCCAGAAGACGACAUUAUAGAAACCAAACAGGCCAAUCAUAAUCAAGAGGAAAGGGAAUGUGAAAGAACAUGUGAAGAUACGGAACUCACGAAGAAAGAUGAAAUUACGAAAACGAAAGGUAUUGAUGAGCUAACAGAGGAAAAUCGAGAACUUCGUGAACAGAAGAUAUGUAAGGUGUGUCUCGACGAGGAGGCUAGUAUUGUGUUCUUGCCUUGUGGACAUUUGGUCACGUGCCCUAUGUGUGCCUCGGCCUUACGGAAGUGUCCAGUUUGUCGGACUUACAUCAGGGGCACGGUCAAGGCUAUCAUAUCGUAAGCAAAUGUGUACGACCGAACAACAUUCAGCUCAAAAAUUGCGCAAGCGAGCAUUACCUACAGCAAAAUUGAACAUGUGAGCAAUACGAAACACAUUCAUCGUCAGAUCGGAAUGCAGAUGAUCACAGCUGACCUUGAAUGUACCGUUACAUGAUAUAUUGCCGACUUGUUCAUUAUACUGGGCAAUCAUCACCCACUCACACUGUACAAAAUCUGUAUUUUUCAAAAGUUCAUUUUCUGAUAUCCAAAUUUUGUAAAUCUUCCAUGAGAUCAACAUUUUGUUGAUACAACUACAUUUCUGUUAGAGCUUUUCCAUAAUAAAUCAUGUGAAGGAGGCGAGUGGCACGUGUAUUUAAACACUAUUGUUGUAGUGUUAAAUCCGAAACUCCCUACCAUUCCAUAUAUUGAAUCAGUUUCAGCAUUUGAUGAUUGAUAGACCUCUUGAGAAUAGCCUCUCACCACUCCCAAAGAGUAUAUCCUGAAACAGCCCUUAGUGAAUCUUUGUUCAAAGAAAACCUAUUUUUCUUUACCAAAUACAGCUAGCAGACAAUAUGUCUUAAUAUGAUAGUUCUGAUUAAUAUAUAAAUGUUAACAUUUUCAGGAAACCAAUCUUUUGUCUAUCAUACAAUUUUAUUCAGCAUUGUCAGUUAAUUCAGCAUUGUCGGUUCAUUCAGCAUCGUCGGUUCAUUCAGCAUCGUCAGUUUAUUCAGCAUUGUCAGUUCAUUCAGCAUUGUCAGUUUAUUCAGCAUUGUCAGUUUAUUCAGCAUUGUCGUUUCAUUCAGCAUUGUAGGUGCUCUUUUUGUGCAGAACUUAAUUUUUUUUUUGUAAUUUCUUUUAUAAAUUUAUUUAAGAUGAGAU